GAGACCGAUAGAAAUAGCAUGUGAUCAGGGGUAGUUCUAAUGAUGAUUUCAGUUUGAGUUUGUGGUAGUAUAGUAUUAAUUUUGGGGUAUUUUGAUUAGGUUCUUGAGUAUUCUGUCACCCGAGCACUUGGCUUGAGUUUCCGGUAUUACGGAUUUGAGGAAACGAAGUCAAGGACGGGGAAAAACGAAGGGAGUGAUGAGUUAGAAGGCUAGCCAUCUUGUAAAUUGAACAUAGAUUUUAGAUAUAAAUCAUGAUCUUAUAAACUAGACUUUAAUUGGAGAUUUUAUGAUAUCAAAGCAAAUUUUAAGAUUUUUAUCUUCAGAUUUUGUGGUAUCAGAUUGUGCUUAUGGGGCAGUAAAUAAAUGGACAAUUUCAGGCUUAAAUGGCUGUCACAUACCAGAAUUUGCAAGCAAAAACCGAACUGCAGGUUGGGGGAAGGCCGGCGGCAAGUGCAGGGGACUCACGGGCUACCCAAAAUUCAAGAACCAAGAGCAAUUAAGAAUUUGAAGAAUUUCGCCCCCACAACAAGAGCAGCCGGCGAACAGAGCAAAGCAGAUCCGGAUUUUCCAGCAGGGGGAAGAAUUUCUGGAUUCUACAUGUGUUUUAGAGCAAGAAAAGAAGGAGAAAUCCAAGCUUCUCACUGGUUUUUCAAGAGGAGGCUGUCGAGGGCCUGGGUCUUCUUCGGCUGCAGGGGAAACGGGAAAGAAGAAGAGCAAAAUCAGGCUGAGCAGAAAGAGGAAAAGGAGAAAAAGAAACAAGCCAUCCUUAUCCAAUUUCUACUCUUUUAAGCCCCUCAACUUUGGAUAAUUUGGCUAUUAAACCCAAAACAAUAUUUUCUCACACUUAAACCCCUAACUCACACUUAUUCAUUCUAGAAAAUUUUGGGGAUUACCAUGGAAUGAGCUACUAGAGGCUGGGGUGAUAUGGGAAGCACAAGGAAUAAAACUAAAUCCUGCCAAAGCCACAAAAGAACAAUUGUGGGGUUACGCUACGAACCCAACACAAGACGAGUUGGCAAAGAAUGGCAUGGAUUUAAAGACAAGUACAACAAAACUUUGAACUCUAUCAAAGACGGAUAAGCAUCCAAUGGAUAUAUGGAUCAUGAAUGAAUGAACAAGUGCAUGGAUG